CUUUUUAAAAAAGUGAACAGAUCUGAUGGAAUGGAGGUCCAAUGGAAUGACGCUAUCUUCAAAGUGAACUGCAGGUUCCACGAAGGAACGCAUGCCGGAAGCAAACGGGGUUGACUAUAAGAAACGAAGAGUGAAAGAGUCAUUUGCUUCGAUUCCCUUCAUCAAAUCUUGUUUCCUUCGAUGGCCUCUCCCCUGUCGUGCAUGUUGAUGGUGUGUGCUAAGGCGAUUGAAGGUGAUCGCUUGGAUGUUGCAGAUUCACUUUUGGCAGAAAUUCAAUCUCUAGCUUCCAAAGAAGAGAGCAUAUGGACGAGGAAAUUUGCCGAAUAUUUUGCUGAGGCUCUUGUCCGGCGAGCCUAUAGAAUUCGUCCUCCUUGUGCUUUUCCCUUGCUACCAGCCGCAAGCAUUUAUGAACCUUUCUGCAAGUUUGCUGGAAUCACCAGUAAAUAUGCCAUUGCUGAUCAUGCCUUGAAUUCGGGAAAUAAACGACUCCACAUUAUUGACUUCUCCAUCAUCUUCUAUUUUUGGUUGUGGAAUUCUUUAAUUAAAGAGCUCAAAGAGCAGUAUGGUGGCCUACAAUCAGUCCUAAUAACCAGUAUCGCACCGAAACUGUCAAAACACGCUUACCAUCUCCGUCGCAACGGGGUAUGGCCUACGGCCGGAAAUGUGGAAUUGAGGCAAUUGACAUGCAAUAGUCCGGAUGAUAUUGUCAAUUGUCUUUCCAAACUCAGAAGGAAAAGUAAGGAUGAGAUCGUGGUUGUGAGUUGGAAUUUUACACUCCACAAACUGCUUGCACAAGAUGGGGCAAUGGAGCAAGUGCUUUCAAAAGUGAAGGAUUUGGGAGCGGACAUCAUGGUAAUUGUUGAGCAAGAAGCCAAUCUUAACAGCCCUGAUCUUUCGGAGCGGCUCGAACAAUCAUUCCAAUGCUACCCUGUUUUUGAGUCACUGGAGAAAAUGUGUAAAUUCCCUGUGUUAUGGGAGAUGUAUUUCAGGCGACAGAUUGGGAAUGUGGUGGCAUGUGAGGGCGUUGACCGGGUCGAGCGGAUUGAGUCAUUUGCUCAAUGGCAAAAUCGCCUAUCUCGGGCUGGGUUUUAUCCAGUUCCCCAAAAGGCAGACGAGUUUAAGGAAGAUCUUCAAAAAUGUUUAAAAGAGGAUUAUCCUCCAUACUAUGUAGAAGAAUUUGGAAUCGAAGAGAAGGAAGGGCAUUUCGUGCUACUCAGGCACGGUUUUCCGGUAGCUGCAGCCUCAGUUUGGAAGGUCACUGAUCCUCCUCAAUUCAGUGGCGGCCACUGGAAAAACAUGUUGACAGGUCUUUGCACGAUGCAAGAUACAGUUGAUGACUCAGAAGGGAUGGCGAGCUCCUCUGAGUCUGAGGAUGAUGAAGAAAAUAAUUCUCUAGUUUCCAUAAUGGCACAUAGAAAGUCCACACAGGGCUCUUCAAUGAAUCGAAUAGCUGCUUCAGCUAAGUUAUAUGACAUAUUGGAAUAUAUAUGUGAUCUACACGAGUUACCACUGGCAGUGACACGGAUUUCCUAUUACCAAGAUGGUAAUACAAAUUCAAAGGGAAAGCGUAUUCUAUGUAUUGAUGAUAGCGCUUGCUAUGUAAAUGAUUGUAAUAUGGAUGGAUUUGUGGAUGAAUAUGCACGCCUUCGUCUGGAGGAAGGACAAGGUAUCGCCGGAAAAGCACUUCAAUCUAAUAUUCAUAUCCAGCAUGACAUUUCCGUGCUUGAUCCAGCUGAAUUCCCUUGGGAUGAUUACGGAAUUAUCUGGGAUAUCAGAAUCUGUCAUGCUGCUUUUGCUAUAAGGCUAACUAGUAACCACCCUUGCAAGGAUGAUUACGUACUGGAAUUUGUUCUCCCUAGAUUCAUGAAAGAGACUUCAGAAGUAGAACUUUUGAUAAAUAAGGUGUUGCUUACAUUGCAGAGGAAAUGUUUAAAGUUGUGGAAACUUGGGGUUAGAGACAUCAAUGAGGCUAGAUUGAACGCAACCAGCAUUGAAGCAGAAGAAACACGCGAGCUUCUUGAACAGGACGUCCAAGAACAAUCUGCUAUACCUGCACCUGUGUGGGACAACUUCGUUAAGCAUACGGAUCAAGAAAGAAGUCGUCUAAACAUUGCGACAAUGAUGAUUAAGCAUGGAUACCCCUUGACUAUGGUUCAACUUUAUUCAAAAGACGUAGUUGAAGCUGAUGUCCUUGCUAUUUGCAGGCAAGAGAAGGAGAAACUCAUCAAUUUUUUUGAUAAGCUCUCUUGUCUCUUGAGUUUAACACUUGAAUUGUGGUCAUCUAAUGACAAAAUGAUGACCUACUGUUGCUUCACCGUGCACUUCAUUGACGAUGGAUGGCAGCUGAAGAAGAAGAUUCUUGCUUUCAGGAACUUACGGUACAACUAUGACAUGGGGACUGUACAUGAAGUCUUUAAAAGUGUGCUUGCAGAGUGGAGCAUCAACAAGAACGUUCGCUUCAUCUUCCUGGAUAUAACACCUCCAAAUGAUCACAUGAUUGGAGAAUUAAGAAGUAAGGUUUCUGAUCAAGCCCCACGUCUCCAUGAACAUCUUUUCUGUGUUCCUAGUUAUGCCCACAUUCUCAGUCUCCUUGUUCAAGAUGGAUUUUCUGAGAUAAGGAGUGUGCUUUAUAAGAUAAGAGAAUGUAUAGAGUACGUCAAAGGAAGCUCACUUAGCAGACAGAGGUUCCAGGAGGCAAUUAAUAAUGGGAGUUUGCAGGACAGGGAAAUGCCUCCUCUAGAUGUUCCCGCGAGAUGGGACACUACCUUUCUUAUGCUGGAGAGUUCAUUGGAAUUUAUAACAGCUUUUAAUCACCUAGAGCAAUUGGAUGAUGAUUUCAAAGUGAAUCCAUCUGCGGGAGAAUGGAACAAAGCAACAGCCGUAUUUGAGUGCUUGAAAGAGUUCUGCAAGUCAACAUGCAAUUUUCCGACAAGCAGAGAUGAUUAUUUUCUCAGUGUUCGUGAUGUUUAUAAGAAUUUGCAUGGCUGGAAAGAGAGCGAUUAUGUAUAUGUUCGCGCUAUGGCAAAUAGAAUGAAGGGAAAAUUUGACGAGUAUUGGAGAGAAGCUAGCUUGGCUUUGGGAAUCUCAGCAGUUCUUGACCCAAGCUAUAAAUUGGGCAUUAUGGAGUAUGGCUACCGGCAGAUAUACGGCAGUGAUGCUUACUUGCGCUACUACCAGAAAUUCCUUGACAAUCUUAUAGGUGAAUACAAUAAAUAUGCAAAGGACUUCCGCAGUCGGGGACCAUCUUCUUCUGCCAUGGCGGACGUGAGUCGUUGUACAUCAUCUUAUAUUAGAUUCAAAGAGUGGCGCAAGGGUAAGUAUGAACGCAAUACGGUGCACUCACAAUGGAAUGAACUUGUUCAGUAUCUAGAACAGCCUCCGGAGAACUUGGAUAAGCAUGGUAACGUAUUAGCUUGGUGGCAAGACAAUGCCCAAAAUUUUCCAAUACUGGGGAAAAUGGCUCGUGAUUUCUUAUCAAUUCCAGUAUCAACUGUCAUUUCCAAGUCAUCAGAGGUUAUGAAGAUGGCAUCAGUCCAUGACGGUGUUCGUCCUGAGAUGGCUGAGGCUUUGAUACGUGGAAGGGAUUGGUUGGACAGCCCUAACUGCAAGGUCAACCAGGCACAGCACAUCUGAAUUGGACGCUGUACAAGAAUACUGGACAUAAGAACCAGAAGUGACGAAGACUUGUUAUUUGCUUAAUUUUGUCAUGGAUUUGG